CUGGGCUGGGCUGUGCUGUGCUGUGCUGCCCGGGCUGGGCUAGGCUAGGCUGAGGGCAGCGCUGCGAUGUUGCGGGCUGGGGUAGCGCCUCUGCAGCCGCCGCAGCCUCUGCUCACCGACCUGUACCACUUCUCCAUGGCGUACGGGUACUGGCGCUGCGGCCGCCACUCGCUCACCGCCGUCUUCCAGCUGUACUUCCGCAGCUGCCCGCUGGCCGGGGAGUUCACGCUUGCCGGCCUGCACGACUGCCUCCACUUCCUCGCACACUUCCAGCUCACCCCACAAGACGUGGGGUUCCUACGUGGGGUGCUGCCCCCCGAUACAGACCGGGGUUUCUACGAGUAUCUGCAGGGUGUGACAACGGAGGGGGUGACGGUGAGGGCGGUGCCUGAGGGGUCCGUGGUCUUCCCACAGGUGCCGUUGCUGGAGGUGGAGGGUCCACUAGCGGUGGUCCAGAUGCUGGAGACGCCGUUUGUGGUCAAAACUACGCCAGCGCGGAUGCGAGCUAGCCACCAACGCAGCAGGAUGCGACUAGCAGCAGGGGAUGGUCGCAGGCUGCUGGAGAUGGGGCUGCGCAGAGCCCAGGGUCCCGACGGGGGGCUGUCAGCAGCCUCUCGCUACUCCUACAUCGGAGGCUUUGAUGCAACCAGCAACGUUCUGGCUGGGAAGCUUUACGAUAUCCCACUGUUCGGUUCCCUGGCACAUUCCUACAUCACCUCCUUCACAUCCCUGUCGGACGUCACCGGUCAGACGUUGGUGCCGGCUGGAGGAGACGGAGCAGCACGGGACCUGGUGUCUCUGUGUAGACGGUGGCUCUCACGUGUCUGCACCUUCCUCGUGCUGCCCGAAGACCAGGUCAACAUGUCCGAGUUGGCCGCCUUCAUCUCCUACGCCUCCUGCUCCCCCAACAACUUUGUGGGUCUGGUGGACACCUACAGUGUGGUGAGGAGCGGAGUGCCCAACUUCUGUGCGGUGUCGCUGGCUCUGGACGAGUUGGGCUACCGGGUUCAGGGCGUGCGUUUGGACAGCGGCGAUCUGCCGCCUCUCCCUCACCGUGCGCUCCACACUGCGGGACUGUGCCCACAGGUUUUCGGUGCCCUGGUUUUCACACACUUUCCCAUCAUCGUGACCAACGACAUCACCGAGAAUGAUCUCGUCAAUCUGCAGCUACUGCCGAAUGCUGUGGACUCGGUGGGAGUGGGCACCAACCUGGUCACCUGCCCCCUGCAGCCAUCGCUGGGCUGUGUCUACAAGCUGACGCAGGUGAGCGGGAUCCCACGGAUCAAGCUGACCGAGGACAAGGACAAGAUGACCCUUCCUGGGAAGAAAACCGCCUACAGGUUGUUUGGACAGGACGACAGCCCCAUCCUGGACCUGCUGAUGGUGGAUGAUGAGUUGUUGCCGCGGGCGGGUGAAGAGAUCUGGUGUCACGUGCUGGGCCGUGGAGGAGAGCGCGUGUCGGUGACGGCAGCGAGAGUCCAGUGCCUUCACCACGUUUACUACAAGGAUGGGCAGAUCACCAUGAACCUUCCUACCACAGCGGAGAUCAGGAGCCAUGCCCAGCGUUCCCUGAAUAAUCUCCCCCUAAAGCACAAACACCUCCAGGGGCCCGUCCCAUACCAGGUGGCCGUCUCCACGAGGCUUCAGCAGGUUCUGGGGGAGCUGAUGGAGGAGGGGAUCCCUACCCCCGGGCAGGCCUCCCCCUGCCCCACCUCCCUCUCUGUAGCUGCCAGCAGUUAGAGGAUCCAGGCUCACCCGCGGCCUUAACCCACCCCCCGGGUAGGGAAGCCCUGCGUACAGGUUUACAGGUACCUCAAGGUGCUCACCUCCACCAGGUGGAUUGGUAGAGUUGCUGCCUCACAGCGCCAGAGAACCAGCUUCCAUCCCGACUACGGGUGCUGUCUGUACAGAGUUUGUACGUUCUCCCCGUGACCUGCGUGGGUUUUCUCCGGGUGCUCUGGUUUCCUCCCACAACUCCAAAGACGUGCGGGCUUGUAUGCUAAUUGGCUUCGGUAUAAUAUAGAACAUAGAAACAUAGAAAAUAGGUGCAGGAGUAGGCCAUUCGGCCCUUCGAGCCUGCACCGCCAUUCAAUAUGAUCAUGGCUGAUCAUCCAACUCAGUAUCCCGUACCUGCCUUCUCUCCAUACCCCCUGAUCCCCUUUAGCCACAAGGGCCACAUCUAACUCCCUCUUAAAUAUAGCCAAUGAACUGGCCUCAACUACCUUCUGUGGCAGAGAGUUCCACAGAUUCACCACUUUCUGUGUGAAAAAAGUUCUUCUCAUCUCGGUUUUAAAGGAUUUCCCCCUUAUCCUUAAGCAGUGACCCCUUGUCCUGGACUUCCCUAACAUCGGGAACAAUCUUCCUGCAUCUAGCCUGUCCAACCCCUUAAGAAUUUUGUAAGUUUCUAUAAGAUCCCCUCUUAAUCUCCUAAAUUCUAGAGAGUUCUCUCCAUACCCCCUGAUCCCCUUAGCCACAAGGGCCACAUCUAACUCCCUCUUAAAUAUAGCCAAUGAACCGGCCUCAACUACCUUCUGUGGCAGAGAAUUCCACUGGGCCUGUACUCUCUGUGUGAAAAAUGUUUUUCUCAUCUCGGUCCUUAAAUACUUCCGCCUUAUCCUUAAACUGUGACCCCUUGUUCUGGAAAUUGUAAAUUGUCCCUAGUAUGUGUGGGACAAUGCUAGUGUACGGGAGAAGGGGGGUCGCUGGUCGGCACGGUCUUGGUGGGCCGAAGGGCCUGUUUCCGCGCUGUAUCUGUACAGUAAAGUCUAUCGCCACUCCUCGCCACAGCCUAUUAGCUUGGCAAUAGUAGAUGUCACAUAGUAACCCAAUCCAAUUGUUAGCAACACAGCCAAUUGGGGAAGGACCAAACCACUGCCCACUCAAUGGUCCAUUCCUUACAGUCAAGAUGAACACACCAUGCUGGGGUAACUCAGCGGGACAGGCAGCAUCUCUGGAGAGAAGCAAUGGGUGGUGUUUCGGGACAAGACCCUUCUUGAGGCAAACGUCACACAAUCCUGUCCCGCUGAGUUACUCCAGCAUUUUGUGUCUACGGUGUAGACAAACAUCUGCAAUUCCUCCCUGCACAUUUCUUACAGAUGUGUUGUAUCCUAUCCCCUCAUAUCAGCUCCUGUGCCUUACUGAUUCAACAAUCAAUGAACUGCAGAUGCUGGUUUAAAAAAGAAGUCACAAAGUGCUGGAGUAACCCAGCGGGCCAAGCAGCAUCUCUGGAGAACAUGGAUAGCUGAUGCUUCGGACUGAAGGAUUGCCGACCCGAAAUGACACCCAUUCUUUUUAGAAACAUAGAAAAUAGGUGCAGGAGGAGGCCAUUCGGCCCUUGGAGCCAGCACCACCAUUCAUUGUGAUCAUUGCUGAUCGUCCCCAAUCAAUAACCCGUGUCUGCCUUCUCCCCAUAUCCCUUGAUUCCACUAGCCCCUAGAGCUCUAUCUAACUCUCUUAAAUCCAUCCAGUGAUUUGGCCUCCACUGCCCUCUAUGGCAGGGAAUUCCACAAAUUCACAACUCUCUGGGUGAAAACCUUUUCUUUCACCUCAGUCUCCAGAGAUGCUUCCUGGAUUUUAGUUUAGUAUAGAGAUACACCGUGGAAACAGGCCCGUUUGGUCCGAGCCCGCACCGACCAGCGAUCCCCACAGACUGGAGACAUUAUACACUUAUACCAAGUAUACAAACCCAAGCCAAUUAACCUACAAACCUGUCCGUCUUUGGAGUGUGGGAGGAAACCGAAGAUCCCGGGGAGAACGUACAAACUCCGUACAGACAGCGCCCGUAGUCAGGAUUGAACCCGGGUCUCCGGUGCUACAAGCGCUGUAAGGCAGCAACUCUACCGCUGAGCCACCGUGACCGCCCUGCUGAGUUUCUCCAGCACUUUGUGCCUUUGCUUGUUUCAAUACUUCCUCAACGCUGGGGGAACAUCUGCCUCCACCACCACCUCAGGCAGUACAGUCCCGUCCCCAACCAUUCUUUGUGCAUCCACUCUAAACCUCCCACCCUAAACCCAGUCCCUCCCAAUUCUCAGACACUCCAGGACCAUCCUGAAGAUGGCAGUAGAUGCCAGUAGCUGCCCCUGGAACUGUUCAUGUGUCAGAUGUUCACCAUUGCUCCAGUGACGCAUGGACUACCCGUUACAAACCCUGCCACCCAUUACGAUCCUGCCAUUACACCUUCAGUGCCUACACACCAACCAGUUGAUUACAACACACUCAUUGUAUGAGCUACCAUAGACUCAUAGAGUACAGAAAUAGGCCCUUCGGUCCAACUCAUCCAUGCUGACCGAGAUGCCACAUCUAUGCUGGUCCCACCCGUGCAAAGUACUAUUGAUACAGAGUCAUUAUAUAUCAUAACAAGUACUUUAAUCAGAAUACAUACAGAGACCAUCGAAAGGAGUACUGUGGGCUCGAAUCGUAAGUCGAACGAACCAACAUGGCUACCAGGUGGUAGUGUGGAAACCUGACAUGGAUUAUAGAUCAGGUCGGCAGCAGCAAAACCAGGCACAGAUCAAAUCAGCAAUACUGUUUGAUCUACAUCCUCCUCCUUAGGCUUUCGCCCAGAAGGCAAACAGAAAGCAUGCAGGAGUAAUAUGUAUAUAAAGCUAUAAAAUGAACUAUCUACAGCAGUGGUUCCCAACCUUUUUUAGCUCAUGGCCCCCUUGGGAUCUUUUAAUUUUUCUGUGCCCCUCCCUGACAUUAUUAGCGGAAAAAAAAGACUUCAAUAUUAUAAUACCUUCCAUAGCGAUAUCAGUGUCUAUUAAUUGCACAUAUAUUCUCUUUUAUUCUAUUCCACAAACAUCAAAAAUAUUUCAACUACAUAGAUUUAAAUUUAUUAGGAGUGAAAUUUAUUAGCUCUGUGGCCCCCUUCAUUGAACCUGUGGCCCCCUAAAUCCCAACAUUUUUCUGUGCCCCCCCUGAAAUUUGCCAUAUGGCCCCAGGCUGGGAAUCACUGGUCUACAGUAAAGCAAUGUAGGAUAUAUUGCAAGUAAUAUAAGUAACGUUGGUUAUAGUCCAAGAUCUGCGUCUAGACAUAAUCCCCGUAUCUAGCCACAGACUUGCUGACACGUACAGUACAGGCCUUCAGCCGUGUCCCUCACAGGAGAUGUCGCCACAGGCCCGCCCGGCCUUCAUCGGGAGUUCCGUAGCAGGCGAUGACUCAACCAGGGCACUGCAGCUUCACAAUACUGACCGAAUGGACCUCGCUUCCCCCAUAUGUGAGAAGAGUCAACAUUGCUGGGUUUUAAUAGCUGUACCUUCCUCAGACGAUUAAACUGUUCCCGAGACAAAACGUUGCA